AUGAGGGCAUUCAUUAGCAAGGAGAUGAUAGAUAAAGCUAUAGUUAACAGCAAAUUUAAAACCAGUAAGAUGUAUUUUCAGCUGAUGAAUAGAGAUAAGGUGCCUUCGGCUUCUGUUAUCUGGUGUAGCUUGUCCUUGCCUAAACACAGGUUUAUUCUUUGGCAAGCUUCCUUGAAGCAUCUUUUAUCCAGGGACAAUUUAUUGAAGUGCCAUAUGCAGCUGACUUCUUCCCUGUGUCCAAUUUGUGAAGUGCAGCAGGAGUGUCAUGAGCACUUAUUUUUUCAAUGUCAGUUUGCUUAUCAAGUGAGGAAAGGUGUGGCUAACUGGCUGGGAAGUUUGAUUUGGCCUGCUUGUUUCCAGGAUUGGAUUAGGUGGAUGGAGGGGAAGCCAAAGAGUCUUCAGCAGAAGAUAGUUGCUGCUGGGUUAGCUGCUUCUGUGUAUCUGGUUUGGUGGAACAGAAACCAGUGUGUUUUUAACUCCUUUUCAAUGUCUGUUUGCAAGGCUGUUUCUCUGGUCCAAGAUAGUAUUAAGGCUAGAGUUACUAGUUUGUCUAAGGCUAAGAUGAAGAGCACUGACAUUGUUUUUCUUAGAAGCCUGAAUCUGUUGUAA